GAUAAUCUUAGAAGAAAAAAAAAAAGAACAAAAUCCCUAGUGUUGGUAGACAAUAGGGGAGCAAGCCACUUCAUUUCUGGUAUUGUCAAGUGUAAAGGGCGAGGUGUGCAUCAAUUUGCUACUGAUAACUACCGAGUUGAAUGAUUUGACUAAAGCCCAACGUAGCGAGACAUAUGCGACAGAAACAUGAAAUUACAAAGAUCAUCAAUGUGGAUUAUUGUAGUUGCUGCUUUGCUGGGUAUAUUCACCCAAGUGGCAUCGCUGGAAGGCGUAGGCAUUGAACCAACAGCCAAUGUGACAACUGAGGAUGAGAUUACAAAUGCCAUAGACGAUCAUAAUGUCAAGGUAACGGAGAAUCGUGUUGCAGCCCAGCUAUAUGCAGUGCUGGAACAUUACAAGCAAGAAGAUCCCGUAGGCCUUCCAGGCGUUCCAGUGCCCGAUCCUAUGGAUGUGCCCGACAUAAAGAAAAGCAUAGCCAUGUCAACAUUAACUAUGGUUCAAGUCAAGUCGUAUGGCUUAUCAAAAUUUCGCAUUCUUAGCAUAAAAGCGGACUUGAAUGCUAUGACGGUCAAUUGUGCUGUUGAACUGGAUGAGUUGGUUACAAAGGGCAAGUAUACAUUGACUUCGUUUAUUUCCAAAGCGAAUGGCCCAUUUGUUGUGAUUCUUAAGAAAGUUUUAAUCACCGGUAUUGCUGUGUUGGCCGUUCAGCGCGACGGCCAUUUGCUUACCGACCAGAUUAAGAUGGAUGUGACUUUUGCCGAUAUGUCCAUGGACUUUCAAAAUUUAGGAUUUUUAGGCACAGUUUUCCAAGGCAUUGUUAAUUCUGCUCCCAAUCUUGUGUUUGACGCCAUGAAGCCAUUCAUGUUGCAGGAAGCCGAUUCAAAGCUACGAGCAGAUAUUGACUCGAAUAUUAAGAAACUAAUGGGCGACAAGUUGUUGCCAAAUUCAAUUAGUCCUCUAGACAUGGCCAUUGCCGAAGGCCGCAAGCGGGUUAGAGAAAUGGGCUAUGAUCCCUACCGUUUGCCCGAUUACAACCGCACCAUGGGAGUAUUUGGUAUGCAGUUAUCGAAUACGUGGAUAAAUGGCAUUGCCUCCUUCUACCGGCACGGAGAUGUUAUUGCUUCAAUGGAUAAUAACACAGUUAACCUGGCGGUCACAGUUGGAACCCAGGAAAUCGCAGGUGGUGGCCAAUGGGAAGUGAAUGGUGGCUUAGUGUCGCGUGUCGGUCACAUUCUAUUUACAGUGCAAUACAUCAGGCUGACGGUGUCUGUGAGCCAACCCUUGGAUACUAGAAAGAGACCUGAGAUCAAAGAUCUACAAAUCGAUAUGGGCAACAUUCAGGUGCGGUGCGAUGGAGCUGGCACCUUGGAUUAUAUUAUGGAGUUUGUGGUUAAUGUCUUGCCCAACUUGUUGCGUUACCAAAUAAUGGACGCCUUGGAGAAUCCCAUUAAGAUGCGCAUUCAAGAGAAAUUCAAUGCAAUUGAUGUUGAGAAAGCCAUCAAAGAUAAUUUCGAAAAGUUCCAGAGCGGUGAGCCAAUAUCAUUUGAUUUUAAAUUGUAAACCCAUGUUAAAAAUAUUUUAUACCAAACCGUAGUUAAAUAAAAAGCGAUAAUCUUAA